AUGACUUUUCGUCGGCAGGAGAGUGGCGAAUCGAAUUUCAGCCAUCAUGAGAGCGAUUUUGACCUGGAUGAGGGCAAUCGAGAGACACUGCGUCGCGAUGCGGAACGAUCCGCUGCACUGCAGCUCGAACGAGCUAAAUACAAACCGGUUGCUUUUGCUGUCUGUACAAAUGUGGAGUUCGAUGGCACUGUGGACGAUGAUUCACCUGUUCACGGAUGUGCUGUGUCGUUUAAAAUGAAGGAUUUCCUACACAUCAAAGAGGUAAGAAAACAAGACUGGCUGGCAUUAAAAGGACGAGAGAUUUCCGGCGUAGAGGUGUGA